UUUACCAAUUAGUGUCGAACUGUUGAGCAAGGCAACAUAAAAAUCCACACCUGAUUAAAAAUAUCAGAUGUUUCACUCGUUCAUUUCUUAUCACCUCAUACUCUGGAAUCUGGAUUUGUUCUAAUCGCAAUCCCCAGUGAAACGCACUUGUCCUUUUCGCUUCGGACACCAAUAGUGCUGUGAUCCAUCUAUCUUUUCUGACCAUCAAACACUUCUCUGCCAAACUCCGGGAGAUGCCUUCUUUGGCUAUCACUUCCGAACAGCGUCCAUUCGGUUCCAGCAUCACAUGGUCUGAUGCAUCAUGGGUCGUUGCUUGAGGUGAGAUAGCUGGAUCUCAAGAGUGGGUUCCCAAUCCACUACUUCGAUUGCUAUCAGAAGCUGACACUGGGAAAAAAAGGGGAAUUUGGACCACCGUCUCCGGUAGGUUCCGGAGGAUGCAACAAAAACCAGCACCAAAAUAUCCUCCUUUCCCAACGCAUCUCUCUCACCUUCUUUUCGUUUCUCUGGUGGUGAGUUCUCGAGGCCACAAUGGCUAUCUGGAUCAUGAGGUUAAGGUUAGCCCAUCAUCUUGGAAAAAAGAUAGCUUCUUUGGAAGCUUUGAAACUGAGCUCCUGGGCUUCAUCUCUGCACCCAUGGAUUCCUGCUUCCCUGGCUAGCAGUGAUGAUAGAUACGCUUCUAAGCUUGUGAGGAAUCCAGUGGCUCGUUAUGCAGCUCGGCGUUUCGGGUCGACUAAAGCUCAAGAGAGUGUGUCGGAGGUGACUAAUGGCAGCAAGCAGGUCAUGGAUUUUCCUGGUGGAAAGGUUAUGUUUAUUCCUGAAAUGAGAUUCCUAGCCGAGUCUCCAGGAGAGCGAAUCAGCUGCUACCGUGUUCUUGAUGACGAUGGACAGACAAUCUCUGGCAGCAGUUUCCAAGAGGUCAGCAAGGAAAUUGCUCUGAAAAUGUACAGUGACAUGGUCACUCUGCAAAUUAUGGAUACCAUCUUCUAUGAAGCUCAGAGGCAAGGAAGAAUCUCCUUCUAUCUUACCUCGAUUGGAGAAGAAGCCAUAAAUGUUGCAUCAGCUGCUGCACUCACGAUCAAUGAUAUUGUCUUUCCACAGUACAGGGAACCGGGGGUCCUUCUAUGGCGUGGCUUCACCUUGCAAGAAUUUGCAAACCAGUGUUUUGGCAACAAGUCAGAUUAUGGUAAAGGGCGACAGAUGCCAAUACAUUAUGGAUCUAACCGGCUGAAUUACUUCACUGUGUCAUCACCAAUAGCUACACAGAUACCUCAUGCUGUUGGAGCUGCUUAUUCCCUUAAGAUGGACAAGAAACAUGCUUGUGCUGUCACUUAUUUUGGUGAUGGUGGCACUAGCGAGGGAGAUUUCCAUGCUGCACUAAAUUUUGCUGCUGUAAUGGAGGUUCCAAUUAUUUUCUUCUGUCGUAACAAUGGUUGGGCCAUCAGUACUCCUACAACAGAACAGUUUCGAAGUGAUGGUGCUGUCAUUCGUGGUCAAGCAUAUGGUCUUCGGAGUAUCCGUGUAGAUGGGAAUGAUGCUCUUGCUGUUUAUAGUGCAGUCCAUGCAGCCCGUGAGAUGGCCAUAAGGGAAAGCAGGCCUAUUUUAGUUGAGGCGCUUACAUAUAGAGUGGGACAUCACUCCACAUCAGAUGACUCGACCAAGUACCGACCUGUCGAUGAGAUCGAACACUGGAGAACAGCACGAGAUCCUGUCUCCAGGUAUCGAAAAUGGAUUGAAAGAAAUGGCUGGUUGUGUGAUGAUGCUGAAUCUGAACUUAGAAGCAAUGUCAGGAAGGAGCUAUUGCAUGCUAUUCAGGUUGCAGAAAAAAUGGAGAAACCACCUCUUGCUGAACUAUUCACAGAUGUUUAUGAUCAAGUUCCUUCCAACCUUCAUGAGCAGGAAAGGCUACUUCGAGAAACGAUCAAGCAGCACAAUGGAGACUACCCACCUGAAGUACCUGUUUAGACAAGCUACUGGUCAGCUGAUAAAACUCCUUCGGUUACCAUUAUCUAUUUCAUCUUUAUAUCUUUUACAUAAAAAUUGUAAUAAAUAGGCCCUGCAGUUAACCAGAGUCACAUUGAGGAAACAAACUUUGUGUGUCUGAGGGGGAUUGCAUGGAAGCAUAAAUAAGAAGUCAAUGUUCUUAAUGCUUUGAAAUGGUAGUGCAACCCUCCCAUUCCUUAAUUUUUCCCUGUUACUUGUGAUGAUGAUUGAUCAAGGUAGUUAGGUAGCUCAUGAUGGUACGUUCUGACGUACAUGGAUGUCUACGCCCACGUAAGAGGAAGCAUUCUGAAUCUUUGAUUAAUGUAAUCAAUUUUAUAUUAAAUUA